GUCGGGACGACGCACCACAUCUGUCUCCGUUUCUUCUCCGCCUGUGCGUGAUUGCAAAGCAAGGUUAGGGGCAAAUAUCGACUCGGGUGGGUGGGCGGAGGCACCGGGAACGCCGGGGAAGUAGUUGCCGACACUUGGGUCGCUUUUGACGGGGACCGCGAAGAGGAGCGUUGCAAUGCUGGGACGGUUCGCUGCGAUGGAGAACGUGCACUAACCGGAUUUUUUUUAUAAUUUGUUGGGGGUUUCUUCUCUUUCCUCUUUUUCUUGGAUUACCCUUCUGUUAAACCGACUUGGUUCGUGCUCCUCUCGGUUCUUCUGAAAGCGUGGAAUAGUGGAACACUUGCGGAAGAAAAAAAAAUGCCUGCAAAAACCAAGUACAACCUCGUCGAUGAUGGGCAUGAUUUGAGGAUCCCGCUGCACAACGAGGAAGCGUUCCAGCACGGGAUCAACUUCGAGGCAAAGUACAUCGGCAGCCUGGAUGUGACGCGGCCGAGCAGCCGAGUGGAGAUCGUGGCCGCGAUGAGAAGGAUUCGGUAUGAAUUCAAGGUGAAAAACAUCAAGAAGAAAAAAGUCAACAUCGUGGUGUCUGUCGAAGGCGUGAGAGUCGGCUUGAGGAAAAAGAAAAAAAAGAAGGAGUGGACGUGGGACGAGAGCAAGAUGAUGGUGAUGCAGGAUCCCAUUUACAGAAUAUUCUAUGUGUCUCACGACUCGCAGGAUCUGAAGAUAUUCAGCUACAUCGCCAGAGACGGACAGAGCAACGUCUUCCGCUGCAACGUCUUCAAGUCCAAGAAGAAGAGUCAGGCCAUGCGUAUUGUUCGGACGCACAAGCGGACAGGAGACAAGGAGAACAAGAACGGCAGCGACUCCUCGGUCACAGGCGUGCGUGCUUAUCCACCUGUAUGCGUCUGUACUUUCCUCGGCUCAGCUCGGGAGCCAACGGGCGGCGAGCUAAAGGGCGCCGAGCUAACGGGCGCCGAGCAAACGGCGACCGUCGCCGAGGAGACGGAUAUCGACGCGGAGGACGCGAGCCACGCAUCUGCAGCCGAGGAGUUGAACCUCAAUAGAGGGGUCACUGAUCUGGACGACAGAGCCAAGGCCCCUGAUCCGACCCAGGCAGAGAGCAAGGCUUCAGAGGAGGCCUCUCUGCUGAUGUCCAUCCCCAGGAUGCUGCUCCCUCCAUCAGCCACGCUGCCACCAGGCGCCCCCCUGUCGGCCCACCACCAGAUCCAGCUGCUCCAGCAGCAGCUGCAGCAGCAACAGCAGCAGACACAAGUGGCGGUGGCACAGGUCCACCUGUUGAAGGACCAGCUGUCGGCGGAGGCCACGGCUCGGUUGGAGGCCCAGGCUCGAGUCCACCAGCUGCUGCUGCAGAACAAAGACCUGCUGCAGCACAUCUCCCUGCUGGUGAAACAGAUUCAGGAGCUGGAGCUCAAGAUGUCUGGACACAACUCCAUGGGGUCUCAGGACAGCCUGUUGGAGAUCACCUUCCGGUCUACAGUCCCUCAGGUGAUCUGCGACGCCACGACACCCAAACCCGAUAUGUCCGCCCUCCACCUGCCGGCGCUGGGCUCCACUGACGGCACCGGCAACGCCUUCUUGUCUUCCAACGGGACUCUGGGAAGCCCCCUAGUCGAUCAAAGUAUGUUUGAGAACUCCAUCGCCCAGCAGCAGAGUCCUCAGACCUCGAGGCCGGGCCAGCACUCAACCCGGCGCUCCCCGGCAUCGGCCAAUCACAACCUGGGGUCCAGCUCCGUCGACUCUUUGUCCUUCGGUGGCCAACAGAGGCUUAAAAACGCCAUUAAUCUGGGCAAGGCGGUCGGUGCGAAGGUCAAUGACUUGUUGAGAAGAAAGGAGCCCAGUCACCUGGGGGACAUCGGGGUCACGGAGGUCAACAAGAACGUUGAUGCCGUGUGGAGCUGUAUGGACCAGCUCACCCAGACCACCGCCAACAGUCACUUCUCCUCCUUUGACUCCUUCCCCCGGCUGGACCCACCACCGCCGUCGGGGAAGAAGCGCCUCCCCCGGGCGCUGAAGACCACCCAGGACAUGAUGAUCUCCUCCGACCCCGUGGUCUCCUCUCCGGACCCGGCCGACUCGUCCUCCUUCCUCCCUGCCGCCGACGAGACGCCCCUCAUCGGCCAGCAGGAGCUGGCGAGCAGCGAGGAGCAGCGGCAGGGCGAGAAGGAGGACGGCGCACCGGGGGCGGGAAGCAACGGCAACGUUGUCGAAGUGACGCGUGGCGGAGGAGACGUGGCGGAAAAUGGGAGCGCCGGAGGAGGCGAGGAGGAACGUCGGGCCCGGCCGCCGCUCUCUGUGCCGGACCUGGUCAGCGAAGAGCCGCCCCCGGAGCCCCGAGCCGCGCCCGACGACAUCUGGCAGAAGGCGUCGGAGCCGGACUCCCGGCUGGCCUCCACGCCCCGCUCGGCCAAAGCGUCCUGCCGCAUCAGCCUGGGGGAGGAGCUGCUGCUGGGGAACGGCGGGCCCGGCCGGAAAGGCAGCGGGGGCGGCGCCGAUGACCCCGAGCCCCACCCGGACCUGCUGGUCUUUGAGUAGCGUCAGACACCAGCAUGCCUCAAAAGGUCUGAAGCUUUCGCUCUUCAUUUGAACCGGAGCGGCUCGAUUCAAACGGACUGAUAGUGAGGACUGCGGAUCAAAUAUUCAGCGCCGCUCUUCUAAAUAUUGAACUCUCCCUGCUUCUGGGUCUGCUUUAAGAAAAGGGAACCGGGGCUUCCGGGAAUCCGACCCGGAUCUGUUGCUUUUUAACUUUUGAAGCAUCUUUUCAGAUGUGUGGCUGAGUUUGAAUGUCAUGGACAACGUGGCUGAGGAACACGAGCGGCUUCUCCCUGAGGACCAGCAGCCGAUGAUGAAGAAGCAGCGAGAGGAAAUGAGCUGGAGGUGAGGCUUCACGAUGGGGCAGUGAGAAUUAAAACAUUAACAUUUCAACCAUAGAACACAUGGCUAUCGAGGAAUAUCAUUUUCUCAUCGGUCUAUUUAUCCUUUCCGCUUUAGGAAUGCCAUAAUACCCGAUAAUGUUAUAAAUGUAUAUAAUUAAUGUGAUGAAAUAUCCCUUUAAAUGGGCUAAAAAUGACAAAAGAAUCCAGUUAAACGAAUAGCGGGUCGUCGCAAAAACAACUUUAAUCUUCCUGAAAAAUUCAAACAUUAGGAUUAUCUUAUAACAAAAUGUAUGGGUUGUUCUAUUAUUUAUAUAGUAAUAAGUUAUUAUAAUACUAUGCCAUUCCUUUCAAGAACCUUUUUUGACAUUUAAAGGGAUAUACAUUUCAUGACUGUCACACAAUAUUAUACAAAAGCUGCUACAAUGAAAACAAUUACAAACCGCAACUAAUAUGUGUUAACAGAAAUGUAAUUUGCAUUUCAUAUAGCGAUAACUCUAUGUUUCCGCAGAAUUUUCUGCGUGUAGAAUUCCAGUUAUUUUCCCGGAUGAAGAUGUUUUCGAAUCGAAAGGGAACGAGAGGGGGAGGCUGAAGGAAUGCGGACGUGUUGGAGGGGGACCGGUUUAUGGGGGAGUUCACGUCCGGUUCAGUCUUCACAGAACACCCCGUAUAGUUUGUCAGGACCGGAAGUCUUUUGACCCGGAGCAUCAUUCAUAUUAAAUCAUAUUUGACCCCUUUUUGGUCCCGUGUCGCCUUUGGCGUGGACCGUGACCCUGAAGGUGACCUUUUAAAGCUCUGAUCAUUCUCAAAGGAUGCUCAUCUUUUUGCCUGAAGAUAUAUCAUCAUCACACAUAAUGAAUCUGUACCUAUUGGCCCCGGAGAGAAUGUGAGUCUGCAACCGUACACAUAUGCUCAUCUUCAGAAAACAUAUUCAUAUGAUGAGAAAGGCUUCCAGUCUGACAUUCUGCUGACAAUAAAAAGUGUUUUCUGAGCCGGAUAAACCCCCCAAAAAACCUGACAGUGAGUCGGGGUGAAAAGAUGGAGGGGCGGGAUGUGGGGGGGGUGAGAAGUUUUUGUUUGGGCCAAAACACCAAUAAGAUAAUGAGCUGUCAACAGAGAGAUGAAGAGGUGUAUAUUUUAUUCCAGCAGAUCAUGAAGUGACGGACCAAAGACGUGAAGAUUUGUUUUUGUCUUAUUGCUACUCUGGAAAAAAUAAGCAACAGUUCGUACAAGUAGAUAAAUUCUCUUUUAGUUUCACUUCUUCUGUUGAGGAAAAAGUUUGAACCAAAGUUGAAGCAUUUUAAACAAUUUGAUCGCACUUCACGUGCUUUUAUUUAAGACGUGCCGACUCGUCGCUGAGCUGCGGGUGUUUCAACGUUGUCGAUGUGACCCUGAAGCAUCAGGCUGCAAUGUUGUUGUUUUUUUUGGCACGAUCCAAUUGGAAAUGUGUCUUUUUAUGACAGCGCUAUCUGAGCGUCGGACACAUCCGGAGAGCCAGCUAACGGAUGCCCAAAUCCAGACCCUAAAAAUAGCCCGAUUUUCUAAAAGAGAUCCUCGAGUGGCCUCUAUAAGUAGCCGCUGUGCCCUUUGCAGGGAUUUCCUGACACACACAAAAAAGAAAGAAAAGAAGGGCAAGACAUUCCCAGCAGACGCCGAGACGGACACAGAGCCGGCGGUCGGGUCGUGGCCGGCAGAACCAGAGGAAUGUGGAGCCGGAGAGAAAGGAAGCUUUGUCUCUCUCCGUCUGUCUCCUCUGCCAAUGAAUUAUUACGACACACUGAAAAUG